AUGGAGACUUGGAGCAAUGAGAAGUCAGCCCGUUUCCUCAGGAUGUACACAGUGGAACUCCCACCCUUGCUCAGAUGGGAUCUGAGAUGGUGUUGGGAUGCUUUUUCCCAUCACCCGACCCAGGACACAGUCCAACAUCCAGAGCAAUCCAACACCCUGCCAAGGAACUCAACUCAGUGUAACCCCAAGGAAAACUCCUGCGGCAGGGAACUCACAGUGACAGAGGAUGACUCCCCAUAUUCACUUAUUCGCCUCCUGAAGAAGAAAGAAGCCCAAGAGAUGGAAAAGGCCCUGGCAGAGAAAUACAAGGCCUCCAGGGAGAGGAUGAAAGUCAUCGCUGACCAGUGGAGGGACCUGCAUGCCAAGAGGGCCCAGCUGAAAGCCUACGUGGAGAGAUGUGGAAGGACUAUACAGGAACGCGAAGAGUUACGAAUCCAGGCUCUGGAGAUAAACAGCCAACAGAGAGAGGAGAAGAUGAAAAAGGAUGGUAAGCUUUUGAGAGCCAAGAUGGAACUGGAAGCCCUCAGAAAAAAGCACUGGAAACUCUGCAAAAGAGUGCAGAAGUGCUCCAUCUUCAAGGAAGACCUGGAGAAUGUGGUGAAGUUCUCACAGUUUGAGGACAUCUCAGAAGUCACUUCAUGGUACAAGUUGCUGGUGAGGACACAGAAGGACCUUAUGCAGUCACAACAGGGGCACAAGCAACUGACUGAGCAAGACAAGGUGUUACUGGAACAGUACAGAGCAGAGAAAGAAGCUGAGAUGCUUCAGUACAAAAAUGAGCUGGUGCAGUUCAAACUACAUUUUGACCAGGCUCAAAGUGACAUCCCCCUCUGGGAGGCUCACUGGGCUGACAUCCAGAGCAAGACUUCUGAGAAAACCAGGAAGCUGUGGACCAUCAAGCUGGCCAUCCACAACCUUUUCCAGUCCACCAACAUGUGGCUGCAAGCAGAGUGGAAUGUGUUGAAGUAUGACAGCUGCAGACAGCUGAAAAUGGUAAAGCCAAGACAGAAAGAGGAGCAGUAA